AUGGGCUGCAUUUGCUUCAAGCCUUUUCGCCGUUCACCAUCUCCGUCGAUUAAAUCUUCCAUCAUCAAAGAACUAAAUAACAAAGAAGAUGAGGAGGGAAGCUCAUGUCCGAGUUUCCGAGAGUUCAGUUUGGAACAGUUAAAGUUCGCUACUAAUGGAUUCUCCUCCGAGAAUAUCGUGUCGGAACACAACGAGAGGGUUCCUAAUAUCGUAUACAAAGGGAGCCUCAACGAUGGAAGAAUGAUCGCUGUUAAGCGGUUUCAGAGGCUUUCUUGGCCUGAUCCUUCUGAAUUCAUUGAGGAAGCACAAGCGGUGGGGAGGUGUAGGAGUGAGGAUAUGGCUAAUUUGAUAGGUUGUUGUUCAGAGGGUCAUGAGAGGCUUCUCGUUGCUGAGUACAUGCCUAAUGGAACACUAGCAAAGCAUCUCUUCCACUGGGAGAAACGACCAAUGAAAUGGGAAACAAGGUUGAAGGUUGCGUUACGUACUGCGACAGCCGUGGAGUAUUGUAAUGAUAGGGGAAUAGAUUUGUAUCAUGAUCUUAACACUUACAGAAUAUUAUUCGAUAAGGUUGGGAAUCCAAGGCUGUCUUGUUUUGGUCUCAUGAAGUGUAGCAGAGAGGGGAAGAGUUACAGCACCAAUUUAGCAUUUGCUCCUCCUGAAUAUUUACGUCUAGGUACUGUGGUACCAGAGAGUGUCAUAUUCAGCUUUGGUACCUUGUUACUAGAUCUUAUGAGUGGCAGACAUAUUCCACCAAACCAUGCACUUGAUCUGUUCCGUGGCAAAAACUUUUUGGUGCUAAUGGAUUCAGCUCUGGAUGGUCAGUUCUCUGAUGAGGAUAGGACAGAACUAAUCCACCUAGCUUCACGCUGUUUGCGUCCUGAACCAGACAAGAGACCAAGCAUAAAGUUUCUUUUGUCGGCUCUUUCAAGACUUGAGAGGAGAGCUGAGUCGUGGCCUAAUGUCAAAGGAGAAAACAUCCCUGCUCCAUUGUACAACACUAAACCUUCAACAAAGAAGUCAUUGCGCUUGAGCCCUCUUGCUGAAGCAUGCUGGAGAGUAGAUCUAUGUAGCAUACAUGAACUGCUUGAGAAACUCGGAUAUGGAGAGGAUGAUGCCGCGGUCACAAAUGAGUUCUCAUUCCAAAUGUGGACGGGUCAAAUGCAAGAGAACACUGAUUACAAGAAGCAUGGAGAUGCUGCAUUUCGUGCUAAGGAUUUUGAAACUGCAAUAGAGUUCUACACAGAGUUCUUGAGUGGAGCACCAGUGGUAUCACCAACAGUGUUAACCAGACGGUGUCUAUGUUACCUAAUGAAUGAUAUGUUCAGUGAGGCUCUCAGCGAUGCUAUGCAAGCUCAGGUUGCAUCUCCAGAGUGUUCAACCGCUCUCUACUUACAAGCGUCUUGUCUCUUAAAGCUUGAGAUGAAAGCUGAAGCUAAAGAAGCACUUAGACAUGGCUCUUCUCUUGAAGCUUUUUAGAGUUCCAACAAUAACCACAAACCCAAUAUUUGUACAGCUUCUUUCUGUCCAUAGAAAUGUCAAUACACACAUAGCAUAUAUACUUGUUUGAUUGUUUGGCUUUUGUUUGCUUAAACCAGUUUUUUCUUGCUGUUUUUCCUUUGAUAUUAACUGGAUUGUG